AUGUUCUACAAGAAGCCAAGGCGAAAAAAGGAAGAAACAAAGGCGGUGAGGCUACACACAGUUGAUUAUAACGGCACCGACUAUUGGAGUUCGGUGAUUCUAAACCAUCCGGCGACGUUAGAGACAAUGGCGAUGGAUUCGGAGGCGAAGAGAGAGCUUAUUGAGGAUCUUGAUAUGUUCAUAAAUAGCAAGGACUACUAUAGGAGGGUUGGGAGGGCUUGGAAAAGAGGGUAUUUGUUUUAUGGGCCACCUGGUACUGGGAAGUCGAGCUUGGUUGCAGCCAUGGCGAACUAUCUUAAGUUUGAUGCGUAUGACUUGGAUUUACGGGAGAAUCGGGAAUUUGAGAGUGAAGCACGAACAGCUGAGGAAGACAAGAUUACUUUGUCAGGGCUACUAAACUUCAUCGAUGGGUUGUGGUCAAGCUGUGGAGAUGAGCGAAUCAUAGUGUUCACGAGCAACCACAAGGAUCCAUUAUUGUUGCGACCAGGACGCACGGACGUGCACCUAGAGAUGUCCUACUGCAGUUUUAGUGGUUUCAGGACACUUGCGUCUAAUUAUCUAAAGAUCGAGGACCACAAACUGUACGGAGUGAUCGAAGAGCUGCUGGGAAAUGUACAGGCAACGCCUGCUGACGUUGCAGGAGAGCUGGUGAAGAGUGACAAUGCUGAUAUUGCACUUCAGAGCCUCAUCAGACACCUCCAGAGCAAGGAAACAGAGCUUGACCAAAGCCAAACAGAAUGCAGUAGGGACAACUAA